AUGAGGCCGGCCAUCUACACCCCUCGGACGCGACUUGGCCGUCUCGUCCAGAAUCAGUUCUUCGACAUCUUCUACAGCCUCUGCAUCAUCGUCAACUGCUUUACGAUGGGUCUUCAAGCUGACAUGUUGGUCAAUGAGGAGGAGUAUUCUGAUGGCAUUGUCCUCUCUGUGAGGAUAAUAGAGCAUGUUCUUGUUGCACUCUUCACCUUUGAGAUUUAUGCGCGACUGCGCGUGUAUGGUCGAUGGUAUUUUUCGUUGACUAGGUUGGAAGGUUGGAUGAACUUCCUUGACGCGAUAAUCGUGGUACUCUCUGGCGUACUCUCUGGCUGGAUUCUGCCUUUAGUGUUGCUCCUGACGGGGGAGGCGGACUUCUAUGCAGGAGAGAUGCGGAUGCUUUCUGUCUUCCGAGCUUUGAGAUUGCUGAGAAUAGUCCGCGUCAUCCAGCAAAUGCCGAUGUUUAGAGAAGUGUGGCUCCUCCUCAGAGGGUUGACGAGCUCGCUGCGCACCUUAAUUUGGACGGUGGCGGUUAUUUUCGUGCUGACAUACAUUUUUGCUAUUCUGGGCUGCUGGCUCAUCAGCAACGAGAUCAGAGGAAUGCGAGACCCCGCGGCUUUCGCCAUGCUGGACCAGGAAAGACAGGACCAGUUGGAGCCGACGUAUAGGAUGGUGCAGGGCAUCGCUCCGCUGAUGCAGCUUCUUAUCCAGUUCUUGACGCUUGACUCAUGGAACUCCAAGAUGGAACGGAUCAUGCUGUUCACGCCGACAUGUUUGGUAUAUUUCUAUAUGUACAUUGCCGUGGCGGUUUUCGUAUUAAUGAACCUCGUGACGGCCAUCAUUGUGGAAAACGCGAUGUCCGCCUCCAGAAUGGACGAGGACCAGCGGUUGAAGCAGAUGGAAGAAGUCAAGCGCAAAGAGCUCAAGGAGCUUGAGCAACUGUUCUAUCUGAUGGAUGCAGAUGGAGAUGGCACCUUGGAUUGGGAGGAGUUCGAGAAUGCUUUCCAUGACGAGGAGAUGAGCCGGAAGUGGCGCCUGCUAGAUUUCCAGCCCGAAGAGUGCAAGGAACUUUUCGAUCUUCUUGAUGACGGUGACGGUGGCAUUGAGACCAAAGAGUUUUUCCAUGGAGUCGAGCUAUGGUGGCUCAGAAGCUUCCUCUGCACCGUCUUCGUCUUUCCGGAUCAGGCCUUCAGCCGGGAUCCAACGCGUCUCGUGUCUUUCACAAAUGCGUCACUACGCAAUGCCAUUGCAUGCAUAGGUGACUUCAGCCAUGCAUUCUCAGCGACACCCACUGCGACUCGCCUCUUUUCGACGUACAUUGACAUCGCAUGGGGCAACUGGCAAGUGUUUGAGAAAGCUGAUUGUCAGACGGUGUCCAUGUACGGGCGGCAACGGCUGAAAUCUGGGCAGCUUAGUGCAUGGGUCGGUCAAAGCUCCCUGAAGCCCAAGGUCGUCGAAGAAGGUGACGACGAUGCAAGGCCGGAUUCCGGCGGCGUAGAGCCAGUGUCUCCGUACCUGGCAGUGAGGAAGAAGGAGGCUGAGCUGGUGCGCCUCGAGUUUCUUGCCACCGCCUUGUCCUGUCAGUUGAGCUGUGGGUGGUGCAGAGGAGUACCUCGCAUGGCCGUCGGGAAGGGCAAGAACGUGGGUGGUUGCAUCACUCCCGAUGUUCAGUUUUUCGCCCCAAGCUCCUCUACGCACUUAGCACCUGGUCGUGGUGGAACCUCAAGCGUGGGCACCGCCACCCCUGUGAUUGAACCUGGAUAUUGGUUAGAUCAGCAAGCGCAGAUGCUGCUGGGAAUGAAGCUCUUUGAUAUAGAGCAGGAACAAGCGGGGGAGGAAUCUGACCUCCUGCUACCGCCGCCACCACAGCCUCAUCCAGUGCGCCGGCCGGAGACAGCAAGCCAGCAGCUACAGUCGGCGGCGCCUUGCACCAGAGCGCAAACCAGGGUGAUCUCUCGAGGGACCAUUGGGCACCCUGAGUCCUGUGGCCCACCUUGCCGCUAUGUGAAGCGCAAAGGCGGAUGUCGUGAUGGGCAGUCGUGCACAAGUUGCCACCAGUGCUUCUGGGUCGGGAAGCAGGUUCAAUCGACACCUGCCGGCGACAAGGGUCGCCGGGAGGCCGACAUGAAACCGAAGACUCGUCGUCCUGAUCGUCAAGUUCCGACGUCAUCCGUGGGAACCGUCGGUCACCCGCUUACUUGCGCAGAGCCUUGCGUGGAAGCCUGGCAGCCAGGUGGCUGCAGCAGGGGUAGUGCUUGCCAGCAGUGCCAUCGUUGCCGUCCAAUGCAGCAACUUCGCACAGUGACAGUCGUUUCGGACAACUCGGCAUCUAGCUCUGCUGCUCCUUCAACUCGAAGGGUUCCGGAAGCAGCUCCGUCAUCUGCGUGUCAGGCACCAGCCGAAGCGAUGCCAGAUUUACCAGGAUUCAGUAUCGGGUCCUUGGGGCAUCCGUUCAGUUGCGCGGCUCCAUGUAAGUACGCACAGAAGAAGCGGGGGUGCAAAGAUGGUCAUUGGUGUGACCACUGCCACUUCUGCGUGUGGUACAGGUAUCCAUCCGGAUAG